AUGGCUGACGAGCAAGAGAUUGAUGUGGACGUCUCGAUGGAUUCUGAAGAAUAAAAUAGCAGUUAUACUGUUUCUAACGCUGCCAAUAAGAAAAAUAUGCAAGAUGAGCAGAGCUUCGAUUUAAAAAAUUCUGAAACUGGAGUAGGUAAAGUGAGAAACACAGCUAAAUAAAAUAUUCAGAAUCCUACUAACCAAGAUAAUAUUUCCAAAAGAGAAAUGAAAAAAAUUUUAUAACAAAUAAGCCUGAGUGAGAGUUAACCCUUUAAGUAAAGUACUAAAGGUCGUAAAAAGGUAAAAAAGCAAGAAGAAAAAAAAACGCCUCAAUCUGACUCAUCGAUAGAGCAUGAAUAAAACCAUAAGCCUACCCUCAAAGAAACUAGUAAUUAAUAACCUUCAACUUCCACUAAUUCUUCCUCAGCGAAAUUAAAUGGAUAAGUAUAAAUUUCGGUAUUUCAAUAAUAAUCAUAAUAGCAACUUUAGCAGUAAUAGUUAUAGUAACAAUAGUAAUAGCUAGCUCAGGUUUAGUAAUAAUAUUAAACUAAUGGAUCAAUUGGUGGUCUCGAAAGAAUAGUAAAUGCUAUAUAAAUUGACUAAUAAAAUAAUCUAAAUGUAGUUCUAAGCAACUAAUCAGAAAACUAUACCAUGAAUUUACCUUUAUCAACUUAAUAAAAUGGUGCACUCUUAAAUUAAUAGUAGUAAUAAUUGUAUUACUAAUAAUAUGCUCAAAAAGCAAAUAUGGUUUAAUACUCUAGUUAGUAAUAAAACAAUAUUAUAGUCACAAACGAUGAUUCUGAUUCAUGCUCGUAUGAUAACUAGGAUGAUAGAAGCAAUGCUAUAAGUAAUUCAAAUAUGAGUAAUAUUAAUUCUCAGUAAGGAAUGAAUGGAAUUUCUUAAAAUAACAUGAAUGGCCCUAACAGCAAUACAACAAACAAUCCCUUACUAAUGGGUAAUCAAGCUGGCAAGAGAAAAAAGACAUAAAAGAAAUAAAAGGAAUAUAGUAUGUAAAAUCUACCUAAUCCUCAAGAAAGCGGUCUUAUCAGUAACAUACAAGUGAUAUCUUCAGAAGGUAAAAUGUCCAAAUAAAAUUCAUCAAGAAGCAACUAAGUUUCUAGUUAGAAUUAAAAUAUUUAAAGCAACCAGACUCCUAUUGUAGCUUCAUUUACCCCAAGAAAAUAGUCAAGCUAAACAAAUUAAAUUCUUCCAUAAUCAUCACUUGAUAUGAGUAAUUUUUAAAAACCAGCACAACAAGAGUUAAAUGGAAAUAAUGGGAAAACAAUUCUAAUUACAAAUAAUAGCAAUAUAAUUUAACUUUAAAGAAAGAAUCCUGAAGAAGUUAGUUUAGUAAAUCAAAAUGUUCAAUAAUAAUAAAAUCUUGAGGAGACUACGAAUCGCUCAAUAGAGUAGUAAUAAUUCUAAACACAAAAUAAUAUAUCUGCACAGUAGGCAGCAGCAGCAGCAGCUUAAGCUCUGGGAAUUCAAUCUAUUCAUAUAAAAAAUCCAGCUUUUUAAAUUCAAGGAUUAAAUUUACAGUCCAAUUAAGCAGCUAAUAAUUUUUAAAAUAUCGCUCAUUAAGUUCCUCCUCAAUAACCGUAGCAUCAUUACCAUCCUACAGUUAAUCCAUCAGCCUUACCCCAAGUGCUUAAUUCCGUUCAUAAUAUGAUAAAUAUUCCUAGUUAACAGAUAUAAUAAAUUUAAGAACCUAUUUAAAAUAUUUCAAAUAUCAAUAAUAACAACAACAAUAAUAAUAAUAAUAAUACAAAUAAUAUAAAUAAUGCAAACAGUAUCAACGGUAACACCACAUUAAAUUUAUUAACUCAUUCUACUUCUGUAUAAGUCAACAGUAGUACUUAUGCUGAAUAACCUACAAUCAACAGCUAAACAAAUUUAUAAAAUGAUCCAAGCAAAACAAAGAAAAAGAAAAGAUCAAAAUUAAAUGGAAAAGCUGAAACACAUAUAUAAUAAUAGUAGCAAGCAAUAGGAUAAUCUUAAUAGCAAUAACAAGCUACAAAUCAAACAUUAUAGCCCCCACAAAAGGUACCUAAUAAUAUGACUACCUUAUACUCUAAGAUACAAGAUGAGGUAAUCACUUCUAACUAGAACAGUAAUAUGAUAGGUUAGCUAUAGGCUCAGACAAAUGUAGGCGAAAAUCAAUAGCAUGGUUUAAUUUCACCUGUAUCAAAUAGUAACACCUUCAACUAAAAUAUGAUUAAUAAUUACAAUAGCAAUAAUGGUUCUGCGGUUGUUGCUAAACCAGAUAAUAAUGCCGAUUAAGAAAAUGAAAAUGAAUUCACACUUCAAGAUAUGCAAAAGUUAGCCUAAUAACCACCAAUUUUAGGUAUUUAGCCUUCAUAGUAAUUAAUAAGAGAGUAGUCAAAUUAAAAAUAGCAAAUUUAAGCAAAAAAAGCAAGCAGAAAAAAUGAGUAAGAAUAUAAAUAAAAAAUGAAAAAAGGUCCUUUGAAUUAAAGCGCUUUUGAAGAUCAAACUGCCCUAUUUCUUAGGCUAAGCAAUUACUAAGAUAAAUAAAAGAAGGAAAGAGAAGAAGAAAUAGAAAAGCACUUAGAGGAAUUGAAUGAAUCUACUCAUAGCUAGAAUGGAUAAACUGCAAUUCAAUAAUUCAACACUUCUUCUCUUUUUUAGCAACCAGCUUAAUCAAACUCUUUCCUGGGAAAUGUAUUUAGCUUAUAAAACUCUACCAGUAUUAAACCUAUGCUAUAAUUUAAAAUUGGUAGUGCAUUUAAGCAAGAAAAUGAAAAACUUGAAAUAAACAGCUAAGACAAUGAUUCUUAAACUAAUGGUAACAGCAAAACACCUGUUGUUGGUUCAAAUAGUAAUCAAAACUCUUUAAAAAGCAGGAUAAAAAAAUUAGAUAAUUCUUAAAUUUUAGAUAAAACUCUCAUAAUUUAAGAUAAAAUAACUAAAAAAUUUAAAAACUAACAUUUUCCAGAGAGUUUUAAGGAAGCCUUUUCAAGUUUACAUUCUGAUUUCUCAACUACCUACUUAGAUCCAAAUUAUUUUACUAGAGUAGUAACCUUUUUCAAUCGCCAAUAAGAGUUUAGUAAGGUUGGUGAAAAGGACGAAACUGAAAUAAUUGAUUACUGA